AUGUUUCGUAGCGCAAGGCUUUCAUUACAAAAAAAAAAAGGUAGCUUGAAUAAAUCUCUAAACAAAAAUGGUCUACAAGGAGGCGGAAGUUUAAAGCGUAGUAUAACUACAAGAAAAGUACAAAGGGAUGUUGCUGAAUUUGUAACCUUGGAAGAGGUUCAUUUAAUAGUAAAAAGGUGCGCUGAUGAGAUAAGAGCAAGAGGUUUACAUGAGGUGGAUAUUUUCAAACCUGUUCGCAUAGGCGAUAAUAUAGAUGACAUCAGGCACCUUAUUAGUUGUAUGUUACAAGAAGACCGAACCCAGUUUGAAGAUGAGGUCAAAGAACAAAAUAUUCAUAACGUCGUAUCAGCAAUGAAGUGGGCCUUAAGGCAUAGUUCUACAGCUCUUGUUCCUUAUCAAUACUACGAAGAAUUCGUUAGAUAUGAACAAGAAUGGGAUUAUGAUCCAAGUAAAGGCUCCUUCAGGCAAUUCCUUUGUUAUCUUCCUAAACAGAAUCAAGAAAUUCUUACCGAAUUAUUUGAGGUCUGCUCUCAAGUAACUGCUGAAUCUCACAUUAAUAAAAUGUCUGUACAAAGAUUAGUAAAGUCUUUAGCUCUUUGCAUAUUGAGUGAUCAAGAUAAAUCUUUACAAAAUUUUGAUUCUGCUUAUUCUGAAUGGAAAAAAUGUUCAAGUGCUUGUCUUCACCUUUUUCUUGCUUACUUACGAGAAUUAGAUUACUCGUCUCCUGAACCUUUAAAUCCACGUUUAACUAUAUUGUUAGAUAAUUAUGUGGAAUAUCGUAAAAUGUCUGUCACCUCUGCUUAUUUUGAACAUCCUUUACCUGACACUACUGUUAAUGAAUUUCCUAGUGCUAGAUCUCGAAAACAAUCUAUUGUAACUUUUGCUCAAACAACUGAAAUUACAACUUCAAAAGAAAGAAGAAUAACUAUUGUUGAAACCUCUGAAUCUCGUCCUGUUAGUAUGUUAAGAGUUACUAGACAACGUCCUUCCUCUGAAAUAACUUCCGAAACUAGAACCUUUAAAAGUCGUACUAUUGUCAGUUCUAUGAUGACAAUUGAUGAAAAACAAAAUGUUGAAAAAAUGUGGGAUCAAUUUCAAACUAAUGGAAUAGGUGCUUUAUCUGAUGAUUUCUUAAAAUUAUACUUUUCUCUCGAAGAAAAAGCUCGAGCUCCAAUAAAUUCCACUUAUGAUUUAAUGCUCACCGAAUUUUCUAGAAAAGGUUUCAAGAGUUUUUACUUGGAUUUACCCAAAAUUGUUAUUGACAACCCUAUCGAUCAAACAUUCGAUCCAACAUUAUUAGAUCAUCCAAUUUUAUUAGAUCAAAAAUCACGUCCAAGAUUAUUAGAUCAAAAACCACAUCAAACAUUAUUAGAUCAAACUUUAGAUCAAUCAUUAUUAGAUCAAGAAUCAGAUCCAACAUUAUUAAAUCCAAAUUCAAAUCAAGAAACAAUUCUUCAAGAUGGUGAUGCAACCAUUGAUGGAAUAAAAAAGAGAAAUGAUUCUGGAAUUUCUGUUAGAGACUCUAUAGUUUGGGAUAAUUUUUCAGAGAGUGGAUUCAAAGAAUCUAGUGAAGAUUUAACAGCUGUUAAACCUCCAUCAAUAAAAGAAUCUAUAUCUGAUAUGAGUAAAAAGGAUUCAUUGAUAACUUUCGAUAAUGAUAAAGAAAUGUCACGAAAAUCUUCAACAAGUUCUGUGAUUUCAGGAAGAAAAUCUUUUAGAGAAAGUAUAAAAAGCAGAAAAAAAUUAGUCAAAUUUCGUUCUUUCAGAAAAUCAAAUAGGACUCUUUCUAUUGAUUCACGUUUUUGUGAAUCAGAGAAUAGUUUUUCUGAAACAGUUUCUGAAAAUGAUAAAGAGGAUUGGAAUGAUUGGGAUAUUAUUAGCAAUGAAGAUCUACCUAUAACUACUCAUCUAGCAAUUGAAACUGUUGAUGAAAUCUUUCCUUACGUUUGGAUGGAAACUACGGCAAGUGAUCAAGGUGAUCGAUGGGGUGAUUGGGUGUUCAUUGAACCAAGAAAAGGUUUAGUACAUGAAUGUGAGUGGGUCAUGAUUGAAGAAAAAGCACAAGUAUUCACUGAACAACAAGUUACAAGAACACCUAGGAGAAGAAAGAUGAGCGCUAUAAGUACAUUUACUAUUCCAUGGAUUAGAGGAAAAGGGAAAUCAAGACCUGCAAGCAAAAUUAGUGGAAUAAGCGGAGUCAGUGGAAUCAGUGGUGCAUCAACUGUAUUACCACCUCCUCCGGUCUCUUUGCAAGAAUUUAAUCGAGCCAGAACUGAUGAUAAUAUACUUCCAAAUUACAAGUUUGGAAGACAAAAAAGUGCUACUAGAAUAACGAAAACUAAUAAUAAUGAACCAAUCGUAUGGAAAAAUACGACGCAAACUUCUCAAACUUCUCAUACUUCUCAUACUAUACAGACUGUAGACAAAGGAUUUGGUACAUUGUCGUACAGAGAAUAUAACCAAUAUGAGACAGCAACUCAGUAUACUCAAGGAUACUUUAAUGAUGAACAAUAUAAUGAUAAUUCAGAAGAAGCCUUUGAACAACCUCAAUCGAAUUCAACGUAUCAGGAUAACCAAAAUGAAUAUCAAGAAGAUGCAUAUUUGGAAUACCCCUUACAACAAGAAUAUACUGAAGUAGAAAAUCAGGAUCCGAUUAUUUACAAUAAUAAUUAUACAGAUGAGAACACGAGAAGUUUCUACGGUCAACCAUCAAUAUUGCAGGUACUUUAUCCUACAAAAUUUGAUCAACCUAUUAGUGGACGAGUCACACAAAUCAACAUAUAA